AUGACUUGGGGAGCGGCAUUGGAUGAUCCACCUCCAGAUGCCAUUAUCAUUCGAGGGCAGCAGCGAGUUUUCACCGCUCAAUUAAUCAUAUGUCUGGCGACGGGCAUAGCAUCGCUUAUCCUAUUUUGCAUCUUGCGAUACAGAUGGCCCCAUAUCUAUGCAGUCAGAACGUUACGAAAGGGCUCGAGAAAGGUCCUCAAGCCAUUGCCUGCGGAGUAUUUCGGGUGGAUGUCGGUGAUCUACUCCAUCACUGACGAAGAGAUCCUCACAUACUCGGGGUUGGAUGCCUACGUGUUUCUAGCAUUUUUCAAGAUGGGCAUCAAGAUCUUCUUGAGCUUGGCCUUGAUGGCGAUCUUCAUUCUCAGCCCUAUCAGAUAUCACUAUACCGGAAAUUAUGAUAAGGACAACAUAGCUUUGUCGAUAAUACGAUCCUUUUACAUAUACCACGAGGCACCAAAGCCGGCACCCCCAGACUUCAGCGAUGACUUUCCAACAUACUUAUGGGUGUAUCCUAUUUUCACGUAUGUCUUUUCAACUAUAGUCUACUACUACAUCUUCCAAUUCACCAAAGAAGUGUUGAAGACAAGACAGAAGUAUUUGGCGUCCCAAAACUCGAUUACCGAUAGAACCAUUCGGUUGGAUGGGAUCCCCAAGAAACUUUUAAGGAUGAACAACCCUCUGGUAUUAAAAAACUUCAUUGAGGGAUUGGGGAUUGGAAAAGUAAUGGAUGUGAAGUUGAUUUAUGAUUGGACUCCUUUGGAGAAAUUAUUCGCAAAAAGAAAGUCGCUUAUCAGUACCUUGGAAGAUAAGUAUGCAUCACAUUAUAAUUUGAACAUCGAUAUUUAUAAUCAAAACAAGACCCCCUCUGUCUUGCCAGAUCUCAAUCAUGUGGCAGAAGACUCUACAAAAGAUCGGAAAAUCAAAAAGCAGAUAGCUGAUUUAUCCAGAGAACUCGUCGAAGUCAACCUCAAGAUUAGAGAUAUUCAGAAGAAAUUUGAUUCAACGCUGUCCACAAUUGACCUUUCUGCCAAUCCCGAAUUUAAACAAGUAUCUAGUGCUUUUAUUACUAUGGACUCCGUUGCGUCCGCCCAAAUGGCUGCUCAGACUGUUUUGGAUCCUCGUGUCUAUAAGUUGAUUGUCAAUUUGGCACCAGCUCCAAAAGAUAUAAGAUGGGAAAACUUCAAAUUAUCCUAUUACCAAAAAUUAACUAAAUCAUACUUAAUUACUUUUACUAUCAUCCUAAGUUAUGCUUUUAUCGUUUUCUUGGUUACUCCCUUGACUACGUUAUUGGAUUUGAAGACUAUAAAAAAGCUUUUCCCAGCCCUCGGUGAGUUUAUUAGUGAAUCGAAAUGGUUAACUACAUUUGUCACUGGUAUUUUACCACCAUUGUUAUUCUCCUUAUUGAAUAUCCUGUUACCAUACUUCUACAAGUAUUUAUCAAGACAUCAAGGAUACUUUUCGAAUAGUGACAUUGAGCUAUCAACCCUCCUGAAGAAUUUUUUCUUUAUCUUUUUUAACUUGUUUUUGGUUUUCAUGAUCACAGGUACAAUCUGGGAUUAUAUCUCAUAUAUUAGUGAUACCACCAAAAUUGCUUAUCAAUUAGCUAGAUCAUUGAAGAAAUUGUCCUUGUUUUAUGUGGAUUUGAUUCUAUUGCAAGGUCUUGCAAUGUUCCCAGUUAAAUUACUUCAAAUCAGUGAUUUCUUAAUUUUGAACAUCUUUGGCAAGUUCUUCCUUCUCAAGGCCAUAUUUUUGAAGACCCCUCGAGACUAUAGAAGCUAUUACUACACUCCACAGAUAUUUGAUUUCGGGAUCCAUUUGCCGCAACAUAUUAUGAUUUUUAUAAUCAUCUUGAUCUACUCUGUUGUUUCAACUAAGAUCGUGACCAGUGGUUUGGUCUACUUUGUUUUGGGUUUUUUCGUGUACAAGUACCAGUUGGUCUAUAACUUUGUUCAUCCACCUCAUUCUACAGGUAAGGUAUGGCCAAUGAUAUUCAGAAGAUUAAUAUUGGGUAUAUUAAUAUUUCAAUUGUUUAUGUGUGGUACGUUGGCAUUGGAAGGAGCACUCUUGUUAGCAGCAUUGUGUUCUCCAUUAAUUCUUGCUACAGCAUUCAUUAUCUGGAAUUUUGAGAAAUAUUAUUUACCAUUAAACACGUUUAUUGCCUUAAGAGCAAUUCAGAAUCCGUUCAACUUUGACAAAGAAUUUGACGAUGAUAGACUGCUGAUCUCCAAUGAACAAGACGAUGGCGCAGUCAACAAUACGGAUGGAUCUUACAACAAUAGUGAUGAGGAAACCCUGUUUUUAGACGAGUCUUCCGUGUUGUUACCUGGAAGUCAAUCUAUCGUCGACUAUAGAGCAGGGAGACUCAAGAGGAGGGCAUCCACGAUUGACGAAGAACGCGAGCAGUUCACCGACUACACAUACCCCUACUUGAUAGACCCCCUCCAUGGGCCAUGGAUCGGAUUCGAGGGUGACUCGAUCUCCAUGGUCCAGUACAACCUGGGACUCGCCAACUACGACUUGGAAGAUGGAGAUACCAGUAUGGUUUCAGUAACGGAACACGAAACUAUAUUGAAAAAGAGACUCCGAGUCAGCGAAUGGGAAUAA